CUCCAGGCGGCUUUGCUUGGUUGAUGCCAGCGUAGACCUAGCAAAACGAGGGGAUUACACGUUUUGCCGAUAAUAGGUCGGCUGCCUUCUGUCACUCUCCCCUCUGCUCAAAAUUUCCCCCAAAACUUCUCCUCUUGAGGAAGGCAGCCCAAGCGAGCGCGCUGCAAUGGCGGACUCGUCGGCGCCGACGAGAGUGAUGAUGGCGGUGAACGAGUCGUCGCUCAAGGGGUACCCGCACCCCUCCAUCAGCUGUCGCACCGCCUUCGACUGGACGCUCUCCAAGCUCGUCCGCUCCAACCCUGGGGGCUUCCACUUCCUCUUCGUCCACGUUCAGGUCCCCGACGAGGACGGAUUUGAUGACAUGGAUAGCAUCUAUGCUUCGCCGGAGGACUUUCACCAAAUGAAGCAGAGAGACAAGAUAAGAGGGCUUCAUUUGCUCGAGUACUUUGUAAACCAAUGCCAUCAGUUAGGGAUAAAAUGCGAGGCAUGGAUCAGACAUGGAGAUCCAAAGGAGGUUAUCUGCAGCGAAGUGAAGAGAGUCCAGCCUGACCUUCUAGUUGUGGGAAGUAGGGGUCUUGGGCCAUUUCAGAGGACAAACCUCGUGCAGUGGCGAGAGCUAUCUCGCUAAGUCACCGGGUCGGCAGACUCUUUGUAUUUGUGGGGUAAAGACUUGCCUCGGUUUAUCCCUCCUCGUACACCACUCGUGUGAGCCUCCGGCACUCGGAUUACCUUUCAUCACAGUUUAGUCAAUACUAAUAGAGGGAAUACCUUAUUUAUCUUGAUAAGUAAGAGGCAAGACUAAUUAUAUAGACUGAUUCGUUACUUUUAUCCUGUUUGAAGGUGCAUUUGGGAUCUAAUUUCGUUUUGUCAUGUGCAUUUGAGAUCUAAUUUCGUUUUGUCAUGCAUGACUUCUUCGCAACUCUUUUGUCAGUCAAUGUUUUAUUUACCUAGGUGGUGGUGUCACAUAGUGUUUAGUCACUAUGAACUAUAUGAUCGCAACUCUUUUGUCAGUCAAUGUUUUAUUUACCUAGGUGGUGGUGUCACAUAGUGUUUAGUCACUAUGAACUAUAUGAUGGAAACUGUGUAGAGUAGGCAUAAUUUUGUGCAAUGUGGGAGUUUUAUCUUCAAGAACAUGAACUAUUUUCAAGUGUCUUUUGUACGCUAUAAUGUGCUUUUUUAUUUGUUAAAUGGGAAAUUCAAUACCAAAGUUUGUUGGCA